GUCAUACUUCCCACCUCUUCCAUUCACACUUUCAGUAGCCUUCCCCUUCCAGUUUGGCUGUUAUUCCCUUUCUCUGAAAGUACCCCUGAUCUUGACCAGCUUUCUCUGACAGUUCUCCACAAUGAAUCCUGUGAUAGUGCAGCAGCCAGUUGUGGUGGUGUCUCAGCCACAAAGUGGCGAGUGGCAAACGGAUUUAUGUGACUGCUGCAGUGACGUCGGAGUAUGCCUUUGCGGACUGUUUUGUUUCACUUGCUUGGGAUGCCAAGUAGCGGCUGACAUGGAUGAAUGCUGCCUCUGUGGCCCAACCAUGGCGAUGCGAUCCGUCUACCGGACUAGAUACAGAAUCCCAGGAUCUCUCGUGGGGGACUUCUUGGCUACCGGCUGUUGUCCUCUUUGCUCCCUCUGUCAGCUAAAGAGAGACAUCAAUAGGAGGAAAUCCAUGGGAGCGUUCUAGGAAGAUUUUCUUCUGUCCGGCAACUGUAUAUUCUAUCGAUGUACCACCAUGAUGAGGAAGUGAUCUCCCAGCUUUUACCAAUAUGCCCGAAGUGUGCUCUCUAGCAGCAGAUGUAUUUAACUGCAAGAUAAUGUAUCUACUUAAUGCAGAUUCUAUUUUGAAUAUGUGAUUUUGUUAAUGGAAAGUUUUGUUUGGAAAUUAAUUAAAAAGUAAAAUUCUGG